AGUUUAAAAAUAUCAUACGAGCAAAAUGGUGGACAUUUUCUUGUACAGAAUCUUUCUAACAAGUUACUGAACCAUGCAGCCUUACAAGGGACGCCAUGCAUAUGUUCAAUGGAUCUUCUCAUGUGACCCUAACACCAGAGACCAUCCGGGAUACUUCAGUUGACGAUGUCUUGGUCUUUGUACUCGUUUUUGUCUCAGCUCUGGGGUUAAUCUUCAUCGUGUGUGGUGCUUACAAAAUCAGGGAAUGGUACAGGGCCCGGAAUAGGGGUAUCCCCGAUGACCCUCCUGUACACGUAGACAGUCCCCCUCCGUACCCCGGGAAACUGUCCAGAACAGACAUCAAUUACCUCCCCUCCUAUAACUCCGCUGUCCUGAUGCCGGUCAUUUCGGUGGAGACAGGGGGGUCCACGGAAUGUCCAGGGGAUACAAGAACGAACCAGUGGCCCUCAAGUGAGGGGGAGAAACUAACAGUUCCUCCGCGUGGGGAUAACUUAUCUCAUACAACGUCUAUGUCAGAGGAGUCCCGAAUGACCUCUCCUACCAGCUCAGAGGGAGCUGACCAUGUACAAUCCAAUACCGUCCACCCGUCCAUAGAAAUAUCAGACCACGUACAAUCCGAUACCGUUCACCCGUCCAUAGAAAUAUCAGACUACUCCAGUCACCCCUCUACAGGCAUAUCUGACUCCCCCAGCAACUCUUCUUCUCCAGUUGUCUUUACUUGUUAGGGAUAAAAAGGAUAAAUUUCUGGUCUUAUCACCCCAAACCCUCCCACCACAAACGUUACUUUAACGUGUAUGCUUCAACCAACAAGGACAAAGUUGGGUUCAUCGACUUACACAAGUCAUACAUUAUCUUUACAACUCAAUUCAAAGCAACAGUGGGCAGUACUGUUUAUGUUAUCUUGAAUAAAACCUUUAUCACUGUUUAUGUAAAAUUAUAUUAUAUAUUCAUAAAUGAUAAUAUAGACAAAGGUAUAAUAUUAAAUUUAAUCAACCCUUUUCUUUGAAUCCCGAAUUUCCUUUUCCUUUACAGGGAUUGAGCGUCAUUUCGUGGACAGUGAUGUUUUUGUUAGCCUGCAUGGUCCUAAAUAUAUUUAUUGUAUACCAAAAAUAUAUGUAA